ACCUACAAUAUACAGAACAAAAUAAUACAACAAAACAAUCUCCAAAAUGGUAAAUUACAUGUGCAAAUUAAGCAGGAUUAUUGCACAGGGAAUGAAGGAGUUUUUACUCCUAUUGCACUUGAACUGGAGUUCUCUGAAUCUACAGCUUGAGUUUCAAACUCAAAGUGAAGGGGCGGGUCUGUGCAGUCUAAUAUAGAGCUGGUCUAGUGGAGAACCUGCUGGUCAAAUCACCUUAACAGCUACGUUCACAAUAUAGCUCAGGUGAUAUUUGUCCCUGAUGUUUGGGUUACCAGACAAAGAAAUCAUAGAAAAAGCAAGAAUAUAUUCAAUAAAUGACUUGUAAAACAAAGACAUCAUUUUUCUAUCUACAUUAAAAACAUUUCACUUCCUGAGGAAGUACAAACACUGCUGUCCCUUGUUACAGACCGCAUCAGAAUCACACUUUUAUCAAUGUCUAUUUGUCCAAAGUGUCCAUGAUAGUAGUCACACAUUAUAUGUCUAAAGGAAAUUAAAGACAAAACAAGGUAAAUUAUCAGCACAAAAUGCUUCUAAAGUAAUAAAAUAACUAAUACACCAUGUAAAUGAUGCUAUUUAAUGACUUGUGGUUGAGCUCUGAUAUUGUGUAUCAGUGACAAAGCCACUGACUUUGCUGUGGCAAAUGGGAAGUUCUGUCAAUUGAACAUCAACAGAACAAGAGAGGAAGCCACACUCUGCGCACACAGGCUCAGUAGAUGUUGAUACGAACUACAACGAUCUACAUCGAUUCCACUUAGAGCAGAAACAACAGAAGCUGUUUCCCCUUUCUGUCUACAACAUGACGCUGGUGAAAUGGAUGUUAAUUGUUCAACUGAGCUGUCUCUGUCAAGCUUCUCAAAACUCAUCUACUCAAACAGACCCAACUAACGUCCAGGUGACAGCAGAUGGAAAUAACACGAGGCUACAAGAGGAAGUCAACAGUGACCCUUUCAUACACCGACUUGCGGGUAAAUGCAAUUGGACUCUCAGGAUGCCGGGAAACAGCAACAGUGUCGAGGUGGUGCUUUUAUCUGAAACCACAGAUUUGUUGUUUGAACAGAUCUGUAAGGAUCUCGACUGUGGCAGCAUCUAUCAUGUGAAUAAAACCCGCUCACCUCGCAAUACCACCUGCUUUCAUGACUGUUUGUACAAAGAUGGUCGUCUGCAGAACUGCUCACGGAGCGUAGGAAGUAACUGCACUGUGAUCACUGAAGCUGUAUGUGGCCACCAGAAUGUGCGGCUGGCAGGAGGAACAGACCGCUGUGCUGGACGGGUGGAGUUAUGGAGAAACAAGAAAUGGGGCACAGUGUGUGACGACCAGUGGGACCUGAAGGACGCUGACGUGGUGUGCGCCCAGCUCGGCUGCGGUUACGCCCUCAAUGUGACGGGACAGGGCGGCCCCUUCCCCCCGGGCAGCGGACCCAUCCACCUGGACGAGCUGAACUGUACGGGCAAGGAGGGGAACCUGUGGGCCUGUCCGGGCGCUCAGGACGACUCCGACUGUGGACACAAAGAGGAUGCCGGGGUCAUGUGCUCAGAGAUGAGAGCAGUCAGACUGACAGGAGGUCUGGACCGCUGCUCUGGUAAAGUGGAGAUCCAUCGUAACGGCAGCUGGGGGACGGUGUGUGAUAACUGCUGGGACAAAGACAUGGCCUCCAUGGUGUGCUCCAUGCUGCAGUGUGGCAGUGAACCUCUGCAAUACACCCAGUUUCUUCCUCCUCCCACACACAACAACGGGACACUGUGGUACUAUCUAUGCUCUUCAAACUCCAAGAACCUGUGGCAGUGCGAAGAGUUCAUCAACCACCCAUUCCUGUGUAAAGACUCGAAAGCAUCUAGUCUCAUCUGUAAUGGUUCCCUCGGGUUUCCUACAUUCACCACAGAUAAUAUAACUGCAUUUACCAAUGGAAUCACUGAAGUUACAACAACCACAGUCGGUCCUGCUAAAGGCUUCUUCUCAGUGUCUCCAGAGCUGCUCAGCACCAUAACUCUGUCGCUGCUGCUCCUCGUGUUUCUGAUCACAAACACGGUGCUCUGCUGCCAUUACAGAAGAAGACACGCUUUCUUACUCAAGCAGACACGCACCAGCCCGGCGCCUCCGUCUGCACAUCGUCAAAACGAUUACCACGACGCCGUCAAUCUCGUCAAGGUCACUUCCACCGCCACCCCGAUGCAGACAGAUGUCCCUCCCAAUCCCAGGCAACUUUGGACCCAGCUUAGUAGUGCUGACAGCACGUCAGUAGAUACAGACUAUGAGCAGUAUGACCCAAGCACUGACCCGUCUGUCCCUUUAUCAACCUUUCGGAAUUCUCAGCGGUACAGAACAGACACCAACACUUUGAUGGCUCCGGGUCUUGGCUGCCUCACUGAGGAAGGCCCUGAAGCCACAAACGAAGCAAUGAGAGCCUUUACACACUAUAAUGCCUACCCUUCAGGAGAUCAAUAUGCCAGAGUGUCGAAGUGUAUCUCAGAGGACUCGUUUGACACCUCCAGUACCUCGUCUGGGGAAUGCUACGAAAACACGAAAAACGGCUACAUAACAGAGCCAGGACUGGGCCAGUCAUCUGUUGCCAACGGUACCUCUGACCCUUCAAGGUUCGUCUUCAGCAACGACCAGAUGUACUCUGGACAAACACCAAACCCGCAGAAUUUAGAUGACGGAGGCGACGAACCUGUCUACUCCCCUGUGAGCCCUGACUGCGACACGUCAUCUGAGGAUGACUAUGAUGACAUAGGAUCAUAAUAUCAAACAGAGGAGGUGACUCCAGGUCACAGAGACCAAGAGUGUGGCACAGAAGGUUUGAGAAAUCUCCGCUGAAAGAAAAUCUGUUCUGUUAGACCAAAUACGUGUCUACGUGUUGUAGAUUACAUAUAGUCAUUGUUUUGAGAGCAUUUUAAUGACUAUAUUUAAUUUUGUGCAGUAGUUAGAACCUGCUUAACACUGACGUGCUGUUGAAACAAGAGUUAUAUGUAGCCUAGACAUGUAAAAACCAAAUUUAGACCAAUUUUGACCUCUCAUGACUGUCUUUUGACCUGCAAUUUACCAAACUACUGUUUCCUGUGAGUCAGCAAUAAUAACUACUAUGUACCGUUGUAGAGACUAGAAAAUUGAUUGACAUACUGCAGGUAAUCCAUCACAACGUUUCCUUUUUUUUUUUUUUUUUGGUUGUGAGCACAAACUGUUUUAAAAAAGAC